AUGCAGGCAGGGGACAUUCUCGGGUUUGCUAACCUCGAUGACAACAAGGCUAGCAUAGCAGCGAACUUUGACUUUGAGGAGACAAUUUUCAAUUCACGAUUCAACAGCCUUGAUGAGUUUCCAAAAGUCGGUGGUGAUGUGGAGAUAAAAGUGGUGGCGUUUGCGUACAAGUACUCACUGUCGGCAUAUUUGGCGACACACCCGGAUCAUUGUCCUACCUAUUCACCUCUUCCAACAAAUCGGGAUUGUGAUAAACCAACGGUAGCAGCGACGACAUUAGCUGUACCAACCACACCAGCGGCCUCGAUGACAACUGCCGAUCCUACGACAGAAGCCGUUCCUGCCACAACGGCUGCUCCUGCCACAACGGAUGCUCCUACCGUACACACUGAGCAAACUGCUAUACCUACGGUUGAAAACAUAGGCAGUUCAACUGUACCUGUGGUAACAGUGUCAACAGUCGUUGCUCCUAUUACGACGGACGGGGCUACCGUUUUGCCAACAACCUUUGGUGAAACAACAGCUACUGUGGAUCCAACUACUGUUGAACCUGCAACUACUAUGGAACCAACGACUGCUGUUGAACCUGCAACUAGUGUUAAGCCGACGACAACAGCUGAUGCGAGAACCACAGUGGAGGCAACAACAGGAACUGUCGUUUGUGGAUCUCCAUUUCCACCUUACGUUGCAGCUAGUGAACAAAGUGCCACAACUGGAAACGAUAUCCAAGCAGGAUUGUUCCCGUCACCAGUUGGCCAAUGGAUCACGGUAUUGUCUGAUACGGCCGUCCCUUUCGACGGAUACAUUUGCAGCUUCAGCGCCUAUUUCAGUGGCCUAGGUGCUGUGAGGUUCCAGAUCUGGCGAGAUGCGCCCUCGACUGGGGAAACCACAUAUGAGCUGAUCGGCGAGCAGGAAUUUGCGCCUACAUCGGCCGGAGCUGUUACGGUUUCCAUCGAUGAUUGGUCUUCCCCGAUCAAGGUUAAAACGGGCGAUCAUAUAGGAUUUGCCAAUUUGGAAAACAAUCGAAGGAGUAUUUCAGUUGGCUUCGGGUCGACCGAUGCACACUACGAGACCUUCAUCACGUCGCCAGAGGUUGGUGACACGAAGGGGUUUACAAAACUGACAUUUACCUACCUGUACUCACUAUCAGCGAGUGUUGUGACACACCCACAAUUAUGUGAGAAUUAUGUAGAACCAACACAAGAUCCAAGAUGUCCAAUAGAACCAUCCUCAACUUCCCAAUCACAAGCUGCUACUACAGUGUCAGCAACAACCACUCCUGAAGCUGUUGAACAAUCAUCGACUCCUGUCCCUGCAACUACCAUGAAGUCAGAAAAUACUCCUGAAGCUGCAACUACAAUGGAAUCAACAGCUACUCCUAAAGCUGCAACUACGAUGGAGCCGACAACUACUCCUGAUACAGCAAAUACUAGGGAACCAUCAACUACAUCUGAAGCUGCAACAACCAUGGAACCAACAACUAAACCUGAAACCGCAACUACUAUGGAGCCAAAAACAACUUCUAAAUAUGCAGUUUCUAAGCAACCAACAACGAUUCCUAAAGCUGGAACAACGAUGAAAUCAACAACUACUCCUGAAGCUACAACCACCAUGGAGCCGACACUUCCACCUGAUGCUGCAACUACCAUGGAACCGACACUUACACCUGAAGCUGCAACUACGAUGGAGCAAACAAGCACUUCUAAAGGUGCAACUAGUAAGCAACCAACAACUACUCCGGAAGUUGCAACUACGACAAAGCCAACAACCACUCCUACAGCUUCAAUUACAAUGGAGCCAACAACCACUCCUAAAGCUUCAACUACUAUGGAACCAGCGACUACUCAAGAAGCUGCAUCUACAAUGGAGCCAACAACUACUCCUAAAGCUUCAACUGCUAUGAAACCAGCGACUACUGAAGAAGCUGCAAUUACAACGGAGCCAACAAACACUCCUAAGGCUGCAACUACAAUGGAGCCAACAACUACUCCUAAAGCAUCAACUGCUAUGGAACCAGCGACUACUCAAGAAGCUGCAACUACAAUGGAGCCAACAACCACUCCUAAAGCUUCAACUACAAUGGAACCAGCGACUACUGAAGAAGCUGCAAUUACAACGGAGCCAACAACCACUCCUAAAGCUUCAACUACCAUGGAACCAAUGACUUCUCAAGAACCUCCAACAACCACUCCUAAAGCUGCAACUACCAUGGAACCAGUGACUACUCAAGAAACUGCAACUACAACCGAGCCAACAACCACUCCUAAAGCUGCAACUACAAUAGAGCCAACAACUACUCCUAAAGCUUCAACAACCAUGGAACCAGUGACUACUCAAGAACCUGCAACUACAACAGAGCCAACAACCACUCCUAAAGCUGCAACUACCAUGGAACCAGUGACUACUCAAGAAACUGCAACUACAACCGAGUCAACAACCACUCCCAAAGCUGCAACGACAAUGGAGCCAACAACUACUCCUAAAGCAUCAACUGCUAUUGAACCAGCGACUGCUCAAGAAGCUGCAACUACAAUGGAGCCAACAACCACUCCUAGAGCUUCAACUACUAUGGAACCAGCGACUACUGAAGAAGCUGCAAUUACAACGGAGUCAACAACCACUCCUAAAGCUGCAACUACAAUGGAACCAACGACAACUGAAGAAGCUGCAAUUACAACGGAGCCAACAACCACUCCUAAAGCUGCAACUACAAUGGAGCCAACAACCACUCUUAAAGCUCCAACUACAAUAGAGCCAACAACUACUCCUAAAGCUUCAACAACCAUGGAACCAGUGACUACUCAAGAACCUGCAACUACAACGGAGCCAACAACCAUUCCUAAAGCUGCAACUUCAAUAGAGCCAACAACUACUCCUAAAGCUUCAACAACCAUGGAACCAGUGACUACUCAAGAACCUGCAACUACAACAGAGCCAACAACCACAACUGCAACUACAACGGAGCCAACAACCACACUUAAAGCUGCAACUACAAUGGAGCCAACAACCACUCCUAAAGCUUCAACUGCUAUGGAACCAGCCACUACCCAAGAAGCUGCAACUACAAUGGAGCCAACAACCACUCCUAAAGCUGCAACUACAAUAGAGCCAACAACUACUCCUAAAGCUUCAACAACCAUGGAACCAGUGACUACUCAAGUACCUGCAACUACAACAGAGCCAACAACCACUCCUAAAGCUGUGACUACCAUGGAACCAGUGACUACUCAAGAAACUGCAACUACAACCGAGCCAACAACCACUCUCAAAGCUGCAACGACAAUGGAGCCAACAACUACUCCUAAAGCAUCAACUGCUAUUGAACCAGCGACUACUCAUGAAGCUGCAACUACAAUGGAGCCAACAACCACUCCUAGAGCUUCAACUACUAUGGAACCAGCGACUACUGAAGAAGCUGCAAUUACAACGGAGUCAACAACCACUCCUAAAGCUGCAACUACAAUGGAACCAACGACAACUGAAGAAGCUGCAAUUACAACGGAGCCAACAACCACUCCUAAAGCUGCAACUACAAUGGAGCCAACAACCACUCUUAAAGCUCCAACUACCAUCGAACCACCAACAACCACUCCUAAAGCUGCGACUACCAUGGAACCAGUGACUACUCAAGAACCUGCAACUACAACCGAGCCAACAACCACUCCCAAAGCUGCAACGACAAUGGAGCCAACAACUACUCCUAAAGCAUCAACUGCUGUUGAACCAGCGACUACUCAAGAAGCUGCAACUACAAUGGAGCCAACAAGCACUCCUAAAGCUUCAACUACAAUGGAACCAGCGACUACUAAAGAAGCUGCAAUUACAACGGAGCCAACAACCACUCAACCUGCAACUACAACGGAGCCAACAACCACUCCUGAAGCUGCCUCUACAAUGGAGCCAACAACUACUCCUAAAGCUUCAACAACCAUGGAACCAGUGACUACUCAAGAACCUGCAGCUACAACAGAGCCAAAAACCACUCCCAAAGCUGCAACUGUAAUGGAGCCAACAACUACUCCUAGAGCAUCAACUGCUAUGGAACCAGCGACUACUGAAGAAGCUGUAAUUACAACGGAGCCAACAACCACUCCUAAAGCUGCAACUACAAUGGAACCAGUGACUACUCAAGAACCUGCAACUACAACGGAGCCAACAACCACACUUAAAGCUGCAACUACAAUGGAGCCAACAACCACUCCUAUAGCUUCAACUGCUAUGGAACCAGCCACUACUCAAGAAGCUGCAACUACAAUGGAGCCAACAACCACUCCUAAAGCUGCAACUACAAUAGAGCCAACAACUACUCCUAAAGCUUCAACAACGAUGGAACCAGUGACUACUCAAGAACCUGCAACUGCAACAGAGCCAACAACCACUCCUAAAGCUGCGACUACCAUGGAACCAGUGACUACCCAAGAAACUGCAACUACAACCGAGCCAACAACCACUCCCAAAGCUGCAACAACAAUGGAGCCAACAAUUACUCCUAAAGCAUCAACUGCUAUUGAACCAGCGACUACUCAAGAAGCUGCAACUACAAUGGAGCCAACAACCACUCCUAGAGCUUCAACUACUAUGGAACCAGCGACUACUGAAGAAGCUGCAAUUACAACGGAGUCAACAACCACUCCUAAAGCUGCAACUACAAUGGAACCAACGACAACUGAAGAAGCUGCAAUUACAACGGAGCCAACAACCACUCUUAAAGCUGCAACUACAAUGGAGCCAACAACCACUCUUAAAGCUCCAACUACCAUCGAACCAGUGACUACUGAAGAAGCUGCAAUUACAACGGAGUCAACAACCACUCCUAAAGCUCCAACUACCAUCGAACCAGUGACUACUCAAGAACCUGCAACUACAACGGAGCCAAUAACCACACCUAAAGCUGCAACUACAAUGGAGACAACAACCACUCCUAAAGCUUCAACAGCUAUGGAACCAGCCACUACUCAAGAGCCAACAACCACUCCUAAAGCUUCAACUCCUAUGGAACCAGCCACUACUCAAGAAACUGCAACUACCACAGAGCCAACAACCACUCCUAAAGCUGCAACUACAAUGGAGCCAACAACUACUCCUAAAGCUUCAACUACCAUGGAACCAGUGACUAAUCAAGAACCUGCAACUACAACGAAGCCAACAACCACUCCUAAAGCUUCAACAACAAUGGAGCCAACAAUCACUACUAAAUCUUCAACUACUAUGGAACCAACCACGUCUAAAGAAGCUUCAUCUGCAAUGGAGGCACUAACCACUCCUAAAGCUUCAACUACCACGGAACCACUGCCUACUCAAGAACCUGCAACUACAAAGGAGCCAACAACCACUCCUAAAGCAGCAACUACAAUGGAGCCAACAACCACUCCUAAAGUUUCAACUACUUUAGAACUAACGACUACUCAAGAAGCUGCAUCUACAAUGGAGUCAACAACCACUCCUGAAGCUGCAUCUACAAUGGAGCCAACCACCACUCCUGAAGCUUCAACUACCAUGGAACCAGUGACUACUCAAGAACCUGCAACUACAACGGAGCCAACAACCACUCCUAAAGCUGCAACUAAAAUGGAGCCAACAACCACUCCUUAUAAAGCUUCAACCACUAUGGAACCAGCGACUACUGAAGAAGCUGCAAUUACAAUGGAGCCAACAACCACUCCUAAUGCCGCAACUACAAUGGAGCCAACAACCACUCCUAAAGUUUCAACUGCAAUGGAACCAGUGACUACUCAAGAACCUGCAACUACAACGGAGCCAACAACGACACCUAAAGCUGCAACUACAAUGGAGCCAACAACCACUCCUAAAGCUUCAACUACUAUGGAACCAGCAACUACUGACGAAGCUGCAAUUACAACGGAGCCAACAACCACUCCUAAUGCUGCAACUACAAUGGAGCCAACAACAAUUCCUAAAGCUUCAACUACCAUGCAACCAGUGACUACUCAAGAACCUGCAACUACAAUGGAGCCAACAACCACACUUAAAGCUGCAACUACAAUGGAGCCAACAACCACUCCUGAAGCUUCAACAGCUAUGGAACCAGCCACUACUCAAGAAGCAGCAACAAUGGAGCCAACAACCACAUCCACUAUGGAACCAGCGACUACUCAAGUAUAUGCAUCUACAAUGGAGCCAACAACCACUCCUGAAGCUUCAACUACUAUGGAACCAGUGACUACUCAAGAAGCUGCAACUACAGUAGAGCCAACAACCACUCCCAAAGCUGCAACUACAAUGGAGCCAACAACUACUCCUAAAGGAUCAACUGCUGUGGAACCAGCGACUACUCAAGAAGCUGCAACUACAAUGGAGCCAACAACCACUCCUAAAGCUUCAACUACUAUGGAACCAGCGACUACUGAAGAAGCUGCAAUUACAGCGGAGCCAACAACCACUCCUAAAGCUUCAACUACUAUGGAACCAGUGACUACUCAAGAAGCUGCAUCUACAGUGGAGCCUACAACCACCUCUAAAGCUGCAUCUACAAUGGAGCCAACAACCACUUCUAAAGCUUCAUCUACUAUGGAACCAGCGACUACUCAAGAAGCUGCAUCUACAAUGGAGCCAAUAACCACUUCGAAAGCUUCAACUACUUUGGAACCAGCGACUACUCAAGAAGCUUUAUCUUCAAUGGAGCCAACAACCACUCAGAAAGCUGCGACUUCUAUAGAACCAGCAACUACUCCUAAAGCAUCAAGUACCAUGGAGCCGACCACUUCUCCUGUAGCUGCAACUUCUUUAGAGCAAACAACCAUUCUUGAAGUUUCAAGUACUAUGGAACCAGCGACUUCUAUGGAAACCAGAACCACUCCUAAAGCUGCAACAACAAUCGAACCAUUAACUACUCCUCCAGCUGCAACUACUAUCGAAACAACAACUACUUCUAAAGCUUCAACUAAAAUGGAGCCGACGACUACUAUAACACCAACAACUUAUCCUGAAGCUGCAAGUACGAUGGAGCCAACGACCAAAUCUGAUCCUGGAACUUCUAUGAAACCAACAACUACUUCUGAAGCUGCAACUACGAUGGAAUCGACAUUUACUGCUGAAGUUUCAGGUACAAUUAUGCCAACAACUACUCCUGACGUUGCAAUUACUAAGGAAGUAACAGCUACCCCUGAAGCUUCAACUACAAUAGAGGAUACAAUCGUUCCUGAAAUUGCAUCUACGAUGGAACCAUUAUCUACUCGUGAAGCUGCAACUACAUUGGAACCAAAAUCUACUCCUUUAGCUUCGACUUCAGCGGAGCCAACAAUUUCUUUCGAAGCAUCAACUACUGUAGAACCAGCAACUACUCCUAAAGCUUCAACUACUAUGGAACCAACAACUACCCCUGAAGUUGCAACUUCUAUGGAACCAACAACCAUUCCGAAAGCAGUAACUACAGUGGACCCAACAACUUUUGAUGAUGCUACAACUACGAUGGACCCAGGAACCACACUUAAAGCUGCUACUACUAUGGAACCAACAACUACUCCUGAAGCUGCAACUACUUUGGAACCUUCACCUACUCCUGAAGCUGCAACUACCAUGGAACCAACUAUGGAACCAACUACUUUUGAAGCAGCAACUACUAUGGGAGCAACAAUGACUGCUGACGCUGCAACUACUGUGGAACUUACGCCUACUCCUGAAAUAACAACUACUAUGGGAGCAACAACGAAUCCUGAAAUUUUAACUACUAUCCAGCCAACAACCAUUCCGAAAGCAGCAACUACAGUGGAACCAACAACUUUUCCUGAUGCUGCAACUACAACAGACCCAGCAACCACUGCUAAAGCUGCUACUACUAUGGCACCAACAACUGCUCCUAAAGCUGCAAGUUCUAUUGAACCAACGACUACCCCUGAAGUAGCAACUACUAUGGAACCUACACCUACUCGUGAAGCAGCAACUACUAUGGAACAAUCAACUGCUCCAACUGCUGCAAUGACAAAGGAAACAACAACUAAUUCUGAAGCUGAAACUACAAUGGAGCCAGCAACCACUCCUAAAGCUGCAACUACUAUGGAACCAACGACUACUCCUGAAGCAGCAACUACUAUGGAACCAACGACUACUCCUGAAGUAGCAACUACUAUGGAACCUACACCUACUCCAGAAACAGCAACUACUAUGGAACCAACGACUACUCCUGAAGUAGCAACUACUAUGGAACCUACACCUACUCCUGAAGCAGCAACUACUAUGAAACAAUCAACUGCUUUUACAGCUGCAAAUACAAAGGAAACAAGAACUACUUCUGAAGCUGCAACUACAGUGGAACCAACAACCACUUAUGAUGCUACAUCAACUGUGGAGCCUAAAACCACUCCCGAAGCUGCAGUGUCUACUGAAGGAGAGAUAGCCACAACUGAAGUACCAACCACUGCUGGCUGUCCCACCCUAUAUCCUCCAAUAGAAAAUGGUGUUGACCAGUCUGACGACAUUGGUAAUACUAUUAUACCCGGGUUUUUAGCACCCAAAGGUCACAGAAUUACCGUACUUCACACGAUCCCGGCUCCAUUUGAUGGCUAUGUCUGCAGCUUCUCGGCCUAUUUCCAAGACUCAGGUGCAGUCAAACUUCAGAUUUGGAGGGACUCGCCAGCGGAUGGUCAUCGAGCUUUUCAACUGAUAGGUCAAAGGGAGUAUGUACCCGAUAGUUCGGGGCCUAUUACGGUUUCGUUGACGGAUUGGUACAACCCACUGAGUUUGAAAGCAGGGGACUAUCUCGGAUUCGCCAACUUGGAUAAGAACAAAGGCAGCAUUACAGCCGCAAUUGGCUUUGUCGACACUCUUCAGACAACCAACUUUGAUGCUUUUCCCGAAGUAAAUGAUGUUUUGGAAGUGAAGAGCAUACUGACGUCAUACCUCUUUUCACUCUCUGCAACCCUCGCAACUCAUCCGGAAUUAUGUCCAAAUUAUGUUGCGCCUACAAAUCCACCAUGUUCAGCAGAAACAACGACUCCACAAACAGCAGCUCCAGGUACUACACCGAAGUCUGCUACAACGAUUCCUUCUGAUGUGAGCACUGAUACUCAGAUAACUACUGCUGCAGGAACAACACCGAAGACAGCUACAACGAGUACAGCGGAUGUAACCUCGUUUGCAAAGACUACAACAGAUCAAGGUUCUACACCAAAAUCUGCUACAACGGGUCCUUCUGAUGUGACCACUGAUGCUCAGACAACUGCUGCUACAGGAACAACACCAGAGCCAGCUACAACGACGCUAUCGGAUGUUACGACCACGGUCGCCAAGACAACAGCAGCUCCAGGUACUACACCUAAGUCUGCUACAACGUUUCCUUCUGAUGUGACCACUGAUGCUCAGUCAACUACUGCUGCAGGAACAACACCGAAGACAGCUACAACGAAUACAUCGGAUGUAACCUCGUUUGCAAAGACUACAACAGAUCAAGGUUCUACACCAAAAUCUGCUACAACGGCUUCUUCUGAUGUGACCACUGAUGCUCAGACAACUGCUGCUGCAGAAACAACACCAGAUCCAGCUACAACGCCGCUAUCGGAUGUAACAACGGUCGCCAAGACAACAGCAGCUCCAGGUACUACACCCAAGUCUGUUACAACGGCUCCAUCUGAUCUGACCACUGAGACAACUGCUGCUGCAGAAACAACACCAGAGUCAGCUGCAACGACGCUAUCGGAUGUAACAACGGUCACCAAGACAACAGGAGCUCCAGGUACUACAGCCAAGUCUGCUACAACGGCUUCUUCUGAUGUGACCACUGAUGCUCAGACAACUGCUGCUGCAGAAACAACACCAGAGACAGCUACAAUUACGCCAUCGGAUGUAACCACGGGCGCCAAGACAACAGCAGCUCCAGGUACUACAGCCAAGUCUGCUACAACGGCUCCUUCUGAUCUGACCACUGAGACAACUGCUGCUGCAGAAACAUCACCAGAGCCAGCUACAACGACGCUAUCGGAUGUAACAACGGUCGCCAAGACAACAGCAGCUCCAGGUACUACACCCAAGUCUGCUACAACGGCUCCAUCUGAUCUGACCACUGAGACAACUGCUGCUGCAGAAACAACACCAGAGUCAGCUUCAACGACGCUAUCGGAUGUAACAACGGUCGCCAAGACAACAGCAGCUCCAGGUACUACAGCCAAGUCUGCUACAACGGCUUCUUCUGAUGUGACCACUGAUACUCAGACAACUGCUGCUGCAGAAACAACACCAGAGCAAGCUACAACGACGCUAUCGGAUGUAACAACGGUCGCCAAGACAACAGCAGCUCCAGGUACUACAGCCAAGUCUGCUACAACGGCUUCUUCUGAUCUGACCACUGAUGCUAAGACAACUGCUGCAGAAACAACACCAGAGCCAGCUACAACGACACCAUCGGAUGUUACCACGGUCGCAAAGACAACAGCAGCUCCAGGUACUACACCUAAGUCUGCUACAACGGCUCCAUCUGAUCUGACCACUGAGACAACUGCUGCUGCAGAAACAACACCAGAGCCAGCUACAUCGACACCAUCGGAUGUUACCACGGUCGCAAAGACAACAGCAGCUCCAGGUACUACACCCAAAUCGGCUACAAUGGCUCCUUCUGAUGUGACCACUGAUGCUCAGACAACUGCUGCGCCAGAAACAACACCAAAGCCAGCUUCAACGACGCUAUCGGAUGUAACAACGGUCGCCAAGACAACAGCAGCUCCAGGUACUACAGCCAAGUCUGCUACAACGGCUUCUUCUGAUGUGACCACUGAUGCUCAGACAACUGCUGCUGCAGAAACAACACCAGAGCAAGCUACAACGACGCUAUCGGAUGUAACAACGGUCGCCAAGACAACAGCAGCUCCAGGUACUACAGCCAAGUCUGCUACAACGGCUUCUUCUGAUGUGACCACUGAUGCUCAGAUAACUACUGCUGCAGAAACAACACCAGAGCCAGCUACAACGACACCAUCGGAUGUUACCACGGUCGCAAAGACAACAGCAGCUCCAGGUACUACACCUAAGUCUGCUACAACGGCUCCAUCUGAUCUGACCACUGAGACAACUGCUGCUGCAGAAACAACACUAGAGCCAGCUACAUCGACACCAUCGGAUGUUACCACGGUUGCAAAGACAACAGCAGCUCCAGGUACUACACCCAAAUCGGCUACAAUGGCUCCUUCUGAUGUGACCACUGAUGCUCAGACAACUGCAGCGCCAGAAACAACACCAAAGCCAGCUACAACGACGCUGGCGGAUGUAACCACGGUCGCCAAGACAACAGCAGCUCCAGGUACUACACCUAAGUCUGAUACAACGGCUCCAUCUGAUCUGACCACUGAGACAACUGCUGCUGCAGAAACAACACCAGAGCCAGCAACAACGACACCAUCGGAUGUUACCACGGUCGUAAAGACAACAGCAGCUCCAGGUACUACACCCAAAUCUGCUACAACGGCUCCUUCUGAUGUGGCCACUGAUGCUCAGACAACUGCUGCGCCAGAAACAACACCAGAGCCAGCUACAACGACGCUAUCGGAUGUAACAACGGUCGCCAAGACAACAGCAGCUCCAGGUACUACACCCAAGUCUGCUACAACGGCUCCAUCUGAUCUGACCACUGAGACAACUGCUGCUGCAGAAACAACACCAGAGUCAGCUGCAACGACGCUAUCGGAUGUAACAACGGUCACCAAGACAACAGGAGCUCCAGGUACUACAGCCAAGUCUGCUACAACGGCUUCUUCUGAUGUGACCACUGAUGCUCAGACAACUGCUGCUGCAGAAACAACACAAGAGACAGCUACAAUCACGCCAUCGGAUGUAACCACGGUCGCCAAGACAACAGCAGCUCCAGGUACUACACCUAAGUCUGAUACAACGGCUCCAUCUGAUCUGACCACUGAGACAACUGCUGCUGCAGAAACAACACCAGAGCCAGCAACAACGACACCAUCGGAUGUUACCACGGUCGUAAAGACAACAGCAGCUCCAGGUACUACACCCAAAUCUGCUACAACGGCUCCUUCUGAUGUGGCCACUGAUGCUCAGACAACUGCUGCGCCAGAAACAACACCAGAGCCAGCUACAACGACGCUAUCGGAUGUAACAACGGUCGCCAAGACAACAGCAGCUCCAGGUACUACACCCAAGUCUGCUACAACGGCUCCAUCUGAUCUGACCACUGAGACAACUGCUGCUGCAGAAACAACACCAGAGUCAGCUGCAACGACGCUAUCGGAUGUAACAACGGUCACCAAGACAACAGGAGCUCCAGGUACUACAGCCAAGUCUGCUACAACGGCUUCUUCUGAUGUGACCACUGAUGCUCAGACAACUGCUGCUGCAGAAACAACACAAGAGACAGCUACAAUCACGCCAUCGGAUGUAACCACGGUCGUCAAGACAACAGCAGCUCCAGGUACUACAGCCAAGUCUGCUACAACAGCUUCUUCUGAUCUGACCACUGAGACAACUGCUGCUGCAGAAACAUCACCAGAGUCAGCUGCAACGACGCUAUCGGGUGUAACAACGGUCGCCAAGACAACAGCAGCUCCAGGUACUACACCAAAGUCUGCUACAACGGCUCCAUCUGAUCUGACCACUGAGACAACUGCUGCUGCAGAAACAACACAAGAGUCAGCUGCAACGACGCUAUCGGAUGUAACAACGGUCGCCAAGACAACAGCAGCUCCAGGUACUACACCCAAGUCUGCUACAACGGCUUCUUCUGAUGUGACCACUGAUGCUCAGACAACUGCUGCUGCAAAAACAACACCAGAGCAAGCUGCAACGACGCUAUCGGAUGUAACAACGGUCGCCAAGACAACAGCAGCUCCAGGUACUACAGCCAAGUCUGCUACAACGGCUUCUUCUGAUGUGACCACUGGUGCUCAGACAACUGCUGCUGCAGAAACAACACCAGAGCAAGCUACAACGACGCUAUCGGAUGUAACAACGGUCGCCAAGACAACAGCAGCUCCAGUUACUACAGCCAAGUCUGCUACAACGGCUUCUUCUGAUCUGACCACUGAUGCUCAGACAACUGCUGCAGAAACAACACCAGAGCCAGCUACAACGACACCAUCGGAUGUUACCACGGUCGCAAAGACAACAGCAGCUCCAGGUACUACACCCAAAUCUGCUACAACGGCUCCUUCUGGUGUGACCACUGAUGCUCAGACAACUGCUGCGCCAGAAACAACACCAGAGCCAGCUACAACGACGCUGGCGGAUGUAACCACGGUCGCCAAGACAACAGCAGCUCCAGGUACUACACCUAAGUCUGCUACAACGGCUUCUUCUGAUCUCACCACUGAUGCUCAGACAACUGCUGCUGCAGAAAGAACACCAGAGCCAGCUUCAACUACACCAUCGGAUGUAACAACGGUCGCCAGGACAACAGCAGCUCCAGGUACUACACCCAAGUCUGCUACAACGGCUCCAUCUGAUCUGACCACUGAGACAACUGCUGCUGCAGAAACAACACCAGAGUCAGCUGCAACGACGCUAUCGGAUGUAACAACGGUCGCCAAGACAACAGCAGCUCCAGGUACUACACCCAAUUCUGCUACAACGGCUUCUUCUGAUGUGACCACUAAUGCUCAGACAACUGCUGCUGCAAAAACAACACCAAAGCAAGCUAUAACGACGCUAUCGGAUGUAACAACGGUCGCCAAGACAACAGCAGCUCCAGGUACUACAGCCAAGUCUGCUACAACGGCUUCUUCUGAUGUGACCACUGAUGCUCAGAUAACUGCUGCUGCAGAAACAACACCAGAGCAAGCUACAACGACGCUAUCGGAUGUAACAACGGUCGCCAAGACAACAGCAGCUCGAGGUACUACACCCAAGUCUGCUACAACGGCUUCUUCUGAUCUGACCACUGAUGCUCAGACAACUGCUGCAGAAACAACACCAGAGCCAGCUACAACGACACCAUCGGAUGUUACCACGGUCGCAAAGACAACAGCAGCUCCAGGUACUACACCCAAAUCUGCUACAACGGCUCCUUCUGAUGUGACCACUGAUGCUCAGACAACUGCUGCGCCAGAAACAACACCAGAGCCAGCUACAACGACGCUGGCGGAUGUAACAACGGUCGCCAAGACAACAGCAGCUCCAGGUACUACACCUAAGUCUGCUACAAUGGCUUCUUCUGAUCUGACCACUGAUGCUGAGACAACUGCUGCUGCAGAAACAACACCAGAGCCAGCUUCAACUACACCAUCGGAUGUGACAACGGUCGCCAGGACAACAGCAGCUCCAGGUACUACAGCCAAGUCUGCUACAACGGCUCCAUCUGAUGUGACCACUGAUGCUCAGACAACUGCUGCUGCAGAAACAACACCAGAGACAGCUACAAUUACGCCAUCAGAUGUAACAACGGUCGCCAAGACAACAGCAGCUCAGGGUAGUACACCCAAUUCUGCUACGACGGCUCCUUCUGACAUGACCACUGGUGUCAUGACCACAGAUGAGGCAGUUACAACAUCGACCGUUGCAGCUGGUACCACAACAAAGUCUGCUACAACUGUUCCAUCUGAUGAUAUAACGACUCAAUCUGUUGUUAGCACUGAAGCGCUUACAACACGUGCGGCAAUAACCACACCAGAGUUUGCGACAACUCCUCCGUCGGAUGUGACCACGGAUGCCAAGACAACAGCAGCUGCAGGUACUACACUCAAAUCUGCUACACCAACGCCAUUUGAUGUGACCACUGAUGCCCAGACAACAGUUCUUCCCCUAACUGACCCUGGAACCUUCAUCCUUACAUCACAACCAAUCCAACAACAGGCCCGACUAAUAAAUUUCAAGCUCAUUGCAAGGAACACCGGUCCCGUGUACCUGCAAAUCUGGAGGAAGAUGAACACAAGUGAUGUCUCUGACGAAACAUACACAGUUAUUCAUACCCAGCUGUACGUCCCAACUCAAACAGGACAAGAACUCGUGAUCCCUACAGCUACCGAAGUCAUGCUUCAACUUGAUGACUUGAUUGGUUUCACCUCAACAAGUGCUGGUACUAUUGCAGUGAACAGAGUUUCACCAUCAGAUGGUUAUAGAUACGUCUAUAGGCCUGACAGCACGAUACCCUAUGUCAGUGAAGACUACAUCAUGCCUCUGUUAACGGAAACGAACAGGUUUUCCUAUUCUAUAGAAACAGAAACUUUUGGUAAUCCUCUUGUUGAUGGUAAGCCCGAUGACGACCACAGGUUCGUGCACAUCCUGCAGGGCUACAUCCCUCCCGCAGGAACAGUCAAGACGUUUAAUGCCUACUUCAAAAGAACUACACCAGUUACGAUUCAGGUUUACCGACCGACUGGCACACUGAACCAAUACACCGUUGUAGCAGAGGAGACCAUUAUACCAGAAUCAACAGGCAUCAGCUUGGUUCACCCAAAAACAAAGAUUGAUCUUCAAGACGGUGACAGAAUUGGCUUCAUCACAAUAGAUUUCGGAACAAUCGCUCACAAUAAUGGCGAUGAUGUCGUAUCAGUAACUGACCUUGGUUCUUCCGUGGCACCAGCGCCAGGCGAUACCAUCCUGGUAGCAGAUGUCGUCAACAGGACUUUCUCCCUUUCUGUAACAGUGGCAUCAUUUGACCCGGCCGAAAGCAUUUCAAACAAUGGUGGCAACCUACCCAUUCAAGAUGGAUCAGCAGGAUUACCCUACAACAACACAAUCUACAUCAUGGUGGAACAACCACUGGCUGCAGGUCGUAUGGUGUCCCUGCAAGUGUAUGCCAAAUCAACGUCAACGAUCGAGUUUCAGAUUUGGAAACUUUCUGGAGAAGUGUCGGAUUAUAACAGUCAGAAAUUUAUACUCGAAAGUGCAUUUGACUGGUUGCCUCCAUCUGCGGGAUAUCACAGGAUUGUAUUCCAAGAUACACUGACACUAGAUGGCGGCGAAUUCCUUGGGUUCAUGGUCAAAGGUAGCAAUGACAUCGCCACCAUCAACCAGGUUGGCAAUGUUCUUGGUGUACUUGAACUGGGGUCCUCUUCUCUUCCUGAUUUUGGAGAAACCAUUACAAUCUCAGAGUGGAUGGAAAAAAGAGUAUCACUGGCGCCUGAUGUCCUGAUAGAUGGUCCUCAGCCCACUCAAACUCCAACAACUGACAAUGUUAUUGGUUAUCCCUCUGAAGAUGGUUCCCCCGGCCCCUUUGAUCCACGCACAUAUAUUAUGACAUCGGAGCCAGUUCCACAACAAGCCCGACUUAUGAACUUCAAGCUUUUUGCAAAGGAAAGAAGCCCAGUUUACCUACAGAUCUGGAGGAAGACGAACGCAAAUGAUGUCUCAGAUGACACUUACACAGUUGUGCACAAUCAGCAGUACGUGCCAACACAAUCAGACCAGGAGCUUGUGAUCCAACCAUCUUCGGAAGUCAUGCUUCAAGCAGGCGACAUGAUUGGGUUCACUUUAAGUGAUUUCGCUGGUACUAUCGCAGUGAACCAUGUCUCCCCAUCUGAUGGUUAUCGAUAUGUCUAUAGAGCUGACGGCAGGAUUCCCUUUCCCACUUACAAUUACAGCAUGCCUCUGUUGACGGCAACAGACAGGUUUUCCUAUUCGAUUGAAACAGAAACCUUCGGUAAUCCUCUUGUUGAUGGUAAGCCCGAUGACGACCACAGGUUCGUGCACAUCCUGCAGGGCUACAUCCCUCCUGCGGGAACAGUCAAGACGUUUAAUGCCUACUUCAAAAGAACUACAACAGUAACGAUUCAGGUUUACCGACCGACUGGCACCCUGAACCAAUAUAGCGUUGUAGCAGAGGAGACCAUCAUACCAGAAUCUACAGGCAUAAGCUUGGUAUACCCAAAAACAAAGAUUGAGCUUCAAGACGGCGACAGAAUUGGCUUCAUCACAAACGAUUUCGGAACAAUCGCUUACAAUAAUGGCGAUGAUGUCGUAUCCGUAACUGCCCUUGGUUCUGCCGUGGCACCAGCGCCAGGCGAUACCAUCCUGGUACCAGAUGUCGUCAACAGGACUUUCUCCCUUUCUGUAACAGUGGAAUCAUUUGACCCGACCGAAAGCAUUUCAAACAAUGGUGGCAACCUACCAAUUCAAGAUGGAUCAGCAGGAUUACCCUACAACAACACAAUCUACAUCAUGGUGGAACAACCACUGGCUGCAGGUCGUAUGGUGUCCCUGCAAGUGUAUGCCAAAUCAACGUCAACGAUCGAGUUUCUGAUUUGGAAACUUUCUGGAGACUGGUCGGAUUAUAACAGUCAGAAAUUUAUACUCGAAAGUGUGUUUGAGUGGUCGCCUCCAAAUGCGGGAUAUCACAGGAUUGUAUUCCAAAGCCCACUGGCGCUAGGUGGCGGCGAAUUUCUUGGCUUCCUGGUCAAAGGUAGCAAUGACAUCGCCACCAUCAACAAGGUUGGCAAUGUUCUUGGUGUACUAGAACUCGGGUCCUCUUCUCUUCCUGAUUUUGGAGAAACCAUUACAAUCUCAGAGUGGGUGGAAAAGAGAGUAUCACUGGCGCCUGAUGUCCUGAUAGAUGGUCCUCAGCCCACUCAAACUCCAACAACUGACAAUGUUAUUGGUUAUCCCUCUGAAGAUGGUUCACCCGGCCCCUUUGAUCCACGCACAUAUAUUAUGACAUCAGAGCCAGUCCCACAACAAGCCCGGCUUGUGAACUUCAAACUUUUUGCAAAGGAAAGAAGCCCAGUUUACCUACAGAUCUGGAGGAAGACGAACGCAAAUGAUGUCUCAGAUGACACUUACACAGUUGUGCACAAUCAGCAGUACGUGCCAACACAAUCAGACCAGGAGCUUGUGAUCCCACCAUCUUCGGAAGUCAUGCUUCAAGCUGGCGACAUGAUUGGGUUCACUUUAAGUGAUUUUGCUGGUACUAUCGCAGUGAACCAUGUCUCCCCAUCUGAUGGUUAUCGAUAUGUCUAUAGAGCUGACGGCAGGAUUCCCUUUCCCACUUACAAUUACAGCAUGCCUCUGUUGACGGCAACAGACAGGUUUUCCUAUUCGAUUGAGACUGAAACCUUCGGUAAUCCUCUUGUUGAUGGUAAGCCCGAUGACGACCACAGGUUCGUGCACAUCCUGCAAGGCUACAUCCCUCCCGCAGGAACAGUCAAGACGUUUAAUGCCUACUUCAAAAGAACUACAACGGUAACGAUUCAGGUUUACCGACCGACUGGCACACUGAACCAAUAUAACGUUGUAGCAGAGGAGGCCAUCAUACCAGAAUCUACAGGCAUCAGCUUGAUCUACCCAAAAACCAAGAUUGAGAUUCGAGACGGUGACAGAAUUGGCUUCAUCACAAAAGAUUUCGGAACAAUCGCUUACAAUAAUGGCGAUGAUGUCGUAUCCGUAACUGACCUUGGUUCUGCCGUGGCGCCAGCGCCAGGCGAUACCAUCCUGGUACCAGAUGUCGUCAAUAGGACUUUCUCCCUUUCUGUAACAGUGGAAUCAUUUAACCCGGCCGAAAGCAUUUCAAACAAUGGUGGCAACCUACCUAUUCAAGAUGGAUCAGCUGGAUUACCCUACAACAACACAAUCUACAUCAUGGUGGAACAACCACUGGCUGCAGGUCGUAUGGUGUCCCUGCAAGUGUAUGCCAAAUCAACGUCAACCAUCGAGUUUCAGAUUUGGAAACUUUCUGGAGAAGUGUCGGAUUAUAACAGUCAGAAAUUUAUACUCGAAAGUGUGUUUAAGUGGUCGCCUCCAUCUGCGGGAUAUCACAGGAUUGUAUUCCAAAGCCCACUGGCGCUAGGUGGCGGCGAAUUCCUUGGCUUUAUGGUCAAAGGUAGCAAUGACAUCGCCACCAUCAACCAGGUUGGCAAUGUUCUUGGUGUACUAGAACUCGGGUCCUCUUCUUUUCCUGAUUUUGGAGAAAACAUUACAAUCUCAGAGUGGGUGGAAAAAAGAGUAUCACUGGCGCCUGAUGUCCUGAUAGAUGGUCCUCAGCCCACGCAAACUCCAACAUCUGACAAUGGUGAGUGA